UUUAACUAAGGGUCCCCCCUGGACCACCUGGACCAAGAGGACCACCAGGUAAAAAUGGAAAACAAGGACUUGGUUUCUUCUUUCCUGAGAUAAAAGAAGCACAUCUAAACGUGGUAGCAAAUGAAAGCAACAUUAAUACACUAAAAUGCAUCGGAUAACAUCUGAAAUGACAUCUUUCCUUACGGUUAAAAAUAUUUCUUGUAGUGAUCGUGGAAAGGCAAAAUGCAUUGGAGAAAGUAUCUUAGAAUCGGCGAAUGCAAGUGGCGUAUUAACUGUCCAAGGUAUGAAAACUUAUAUAAUACAUAUGUGUGUGUCACAGUUAAAAGAUAGUUUAACUAUCAAUUUAUUGUGACAUUUUGGAGGAUUGCCCUGUAAUCAAAUUGAAACAUUUCAAAUUUGACUGUAAAUAGUCUGAAAAAUAAAGUCAAGAAUAAUGUUUCAUCGCAGAGACAUGUAUAUUUCUGCAGAAAACCCAUGCUUUUUAUGUCCCCAGAAUUGUACCAACUCCCUUAAUUAUUAAUUUUCGAUACACAGUUGCGCAUGUUUAUUUUAGACGUCCCCGGGAUAGCAAAAUUUAUACUUCAUGCUAACAAGCGAAAAAUAUUACACGAAAUAGUGAUGCUGUAAAUAUGUUUGACACGGUUGAAUCCCUGUUGACCGACGAAUACAUUGUACUAAUUAAACUAUUUUUCUAAAUAGCUCGCACAUGCGCAUGAACAACUUAAUUGAAUAAGUAUUGUUAUGAACUUCUUACGCUAUUUUUAUAGCUUCCCCUAUCAUGUCACUACCACAGGGACCAAUACUUGCAAACCUUGGAUCUAACUUUACCCUUCCUGAAUGUUUUGUAGUCUCGGAACCAACAGCUAAAGUGACAUGGAAAAGAGGUUAUGGCAGUUUCCCAGAAAGCCGUGUUCACGUUGCUAAUGGUAAUUUAUAUUAUAAAAGUUCGUGUCGAAGACGAAGGAUUUUAUGUCUGUACUGCGGAAAAUUAUUUAGGAAAAGCCACAAAAAGCGUUCAGCUGAAUUCAAGACAGUUAUCGUUUUUGUCCAAACCUCCAUUUUUCAUGCAAGUUACGAAUAAUUCAGCUACGUUGACAUGUUCGGCUUUGGUGCACAAUAUCACAUGAAGGGAACGUUUUAUUCUUUUUAUCAGAACAAACCAAUGAUUUCCGAAGUAAUUAAGAAAGCAGACAGUUUUACCAUCACCACGAAUGUACAAGUUCCAGGAGUAUACAAAUGUGUGAUAAAGGAGGGUAAUAGAAAGAUUGACACAAGCUCAAAUGUGAAAUCCGAUAUUUGAUAUUAUAGUUUAAAGAAUUUUUCAAUUUUUUUUUUUCAGUUCUAUCUUUAAUUGUCUCCCAGGAUCAAAUUGUUCAAAUUGGAAAAUGGUUGAAAGAGGGGUUAGUUUUGGGAACUUAUGUUUUAUGCUGGCGAUAUAAUGGUGGUAGUAGGAACAGCUUGUCCGAAUUUCAUACCAUAUGUGAUAACAGAUAGAACGUGUUGGCAAUUUUUAAGUUUUUAAGCACAAAGAUAUUUGGAGAAUUCAGUAAGGCGCCCUGGAAAGGUAAUGAGUUUUAUUCACAGACAAAUUUGUUUCAACUGUAACCAGUGCGUUUUACUUUUAUUAUAUCUCUUAUCCUAUGAAUAUAGAGCGCAAGAACACGAUAAAAUGCAAGAAAAAACUGUAUUUAGAAAACUAACAGCGAAUCUUGCCGCGUUUUUAUAUUGAUCUAUUUAGGCACCACCAGAAACUUCAAACAGAAUGUUAAAACUCAUUUUAGAACUAAAACAAAUGGGUUUUAAGGAAUUUGCAAAAAUGUGAUGACAUAAGCAGAAAUUUUUUGUUACUAUUUUGUCCCUUUCAGGACAUAUUGUAUGCAUACUGUACUGGUUGGUUAGUGACGUAAAAGUUGUGUUUUACUGAAGAACGCACUAUCCUUAGGAACAAAAUAGCAAAUGUAAUAUAUAUUUUUAAAAAAAUUGACAUGGACCCCAACAAAGUAGAUCACUAAUUAUGCUUGAAUAAAAAGACACUCCUGAGGAUUUUUCUGCUGGUCAACCACUUUGUAUUAAUAUUAAAUUUCAGCAUACGGUACCUCCAGGAGCGAAAAUUCAUUUCUCUUUUCCAUUGAACCAAGUCUUUCCAAGAUUACGUUGACGGGUAACAUUCCAGUCUGUUAUUCUUCUUCAUAUGGUCCAUGCUUUGGCAGUCAGAAAUUGUAUGCUUUAAGAAGAUAUGGAUACAUUUAUUAUGAAAGCAGCGGAGAAGGAAAAAAGGUUACGCCAAGGAGUAGCGGUCAGUUGUCAGCACUUGAAGUUUUUUAUAAAAUUGAUUACUAGUAAUUGAUUAGAAGCUUACCUUCUGCAAAUACGUAAGUUGGCUUUAUAUAAAAGAGCUUGAAAUUUUGUCUAUCUUGAUUUGUCUAUCCUGAUCGAUUCUCAAGAAUUUCGACUUUGGAUAAUUAUGCUGAUAAUUAUGCUAAUCAAUAAAUGACAUCAAGGUUUAGAAAAUAUGAGGUAAUGUAAGUAAGUGUUCACCUAUCCCGUUUAAUAUUUUAAACAUAUUUACAUAAAUAUUGAUACUUAGUUACCGUGAUUAUUAUUCAUAACAUUUGUUUAAUUUUCCUUUCGCAAUUUUUCGUUUUCUGCUUGUUCGAGAGUGAGUACAUUAGGAACGAAAAUAUUCGGACGGAAAAGCUUACGGAUUUUUUUUUUGUCCGGAAAUUUUUUUCGUUUAAAAUUUGUGUCUGCCGAAGUUUUUUUUGUCUGAAAAUUUUUGUUUUUUCUAAUUCUUUUUAAAAGGACCAGUGCAUAGAAGUUAUAUAUAGGGUAAUCAGAAAAUCAAUAAAAACUGAAGUUCUAGAAUCUAUUAUUUUUGUUACUUUCACAUUUUGCUAAGGCUCUAUCUAUAAAGUUGGAUCCUGAAGACCCUUUUUUAGAUCUUGAUUGAAUAUAUGUACGCUAUAAAUGGGUCUAUCCUUCUUCUUUAAUGCCAUUUUCCGUAAUUAUUACUUUUGAAAUUCGGUUAAAAUUUUUCCGUUGAAGUAAAAAAUUGUGUCCGACAUUUUUUCCCUCAAAAAUUUUAGUUCUUAAUGUAGUAUUUCAACUGGCGUUUAAAGUUAAAAAUAUUUUUUUUUGAUGUAGUUAUUAUCAUACCAGACGUAGAGAUAAAAUUAUUUAUUUCACCAUUUAUUCAUUUGCGUUUCUACCAUUUUGCAAUGACCUUACUUCUAUUAACGAUUUCCCUUAAAAAAGUAAAAAUGUGAUCAUUUAAAUGAGCCAGCUCGGUUCACCGAGGUUUUGUUACGUUGAACCGAGAUCUGGGUUCGGCAGACUGGAAAUUUCUAAUGUGAACGCUCCAGCCCAGCUGUUU